AUGGCAGCCGGAUCUUCCAGCGACGGCCUCAUCGCCGUCGUCGACGACUUCUACUUCUCCGUCCUCGCCCACGGCCGAAACGACGACGACGAAGACGAGGCCGGCGGCGACGAGCUCUUCCCGAUAUCCGACGAGAAGUACGCCGCGGAGCUCCAGCUGCAGGAAGUGAUCAUGUCCUCUGCCGUCGCGGCCACGGUGGGUUCGUCCUCGGCCUCGCCACGUCGCGGCAGCACGGCCGCUGCGGCGUCGGCUCACGGCACAGGUGAGUGCUCCUACGCCUCCUCGUCGUCGUCCCGGCCGUCGCCGCCCCUCGCCGCCGCCGCCGCCGCCCCCGCCGCCGCGACGUCGCUCGUCUUCUGCAAGAUCUGCAUGGACGCGGUGCCGCCCGCCGACGCGUACCGCGCCAGCCGCGGCUGCGCGCACGCCUUCUGCGGCGGCUGCCUCGCGCGUUACGUCGGCGCCAAGGUCCAGGAGCGGAUCGCCGACGUCCGGUGCCCCGAGGAGCGGUGCGGCGGCGCGCUGGACCCGGAGCUCUGCCAGGGCAUCCUGCCCCGGGAGGUCUUCGAGCGGUGGGGCGCCGCGCUGUGCGAGUCCAUGCUGCUGGGGACCAGGAAGACCUACUGCCCCUACAAGGACUGCUCCACGAUGAUGCUGGUGGACAACGACGGCGGCGGCGACGUCCGCGACGUCGCGGAGGCGGAGUGCCCGAGCUGCCGGAGGCUCUUCUGCGCGCGGUGCGCCGUGGCGCCGUGGCACGCCGGCGUGACCUGCGCCGAGUACAAGGGGCUCCGGAAGGGGGACAUGGGCAAGGAGGACAUGCUGCUGCUCGAGAUGGCCAAGGGGAGGAAGUGGAAGCGGUGCCCCAAGUGCGAGUUCUUCGUGGAGAAACGCGAUGGUUGCCUGCACAUUACUUGCAGAUGUGGCUUCGAGUUUUGCUAUGGAUGUGGCGGCCAGUGGGGGAUAACUCAUUCUAGUUGCAGCACAGCCUGA